ACAUCAAUUAUUCUAGAAACCAAGUUUACUCUGUUAUUUUAUUCAUACCAUUACAUUACCGCAAUAACAGACACAUAAGAAGUGUGGUGUGGUAGUUGGACUUGGAUUAAAACGAUGGAAGGGAUGAUGCAGUUACCAUACAAGACGACGGUGAAGCUGAUGCUUGGUUCACUUGAGCGUAAUUUGCUCCCUGAUGCUCUCAUAAGAACAUUCACACGUUUGCUUUUGGCUACUCGUCUUCGCUCUGGUUACAAAUCUUCCUCUCAACUUCAGCUCUCUCAUCUUCUUCAAUUUGUACACUCUUUACAAGAGAUGUCUAUUGCAGUCAAUACUGAUAAGCCAAAAUCCCAACAUUAUGAAUUACCAACCUCUUUCUUCAGGCUGGUUCUUGGAAAUAAUCUUAAAUACAGUUGUUGUUAUUUCUCUUCGGCCUCAAAGACACUAGAAGAUGCUGAAGAAGAAAGUUUGAAACUGUAUUGCGAGAGAUCAAACCUGAAAGAUGGUCAUGCAGUUCUUGACAUUGGAUGCGGUUGGGGGUCACUGACUUUAUACAUUGCCAAGAAUUACAGUAAUUCCAGGGUUACAGGAAUCUGCAAUUCCACUGCUCAAAAAGCUUAUAUCGAGGAGAAAUGCUUGGAGCUGGAGCUGCAAAAUGUGGAUAUCAUUGUUGCAGACAUUAGCACUUUUGAAAUGGAAGCUUCUUAUGACAGAAUAUUUUCCAUAGGAAUGUUUGAGCAUAUGAAGAACUAUAAAGAUCUUCUCAACAAGAUAUCCAAAUGGAUGAAAGAAGAUAGCCUUUUAUUUGUUCAUCAUUUCUGCCACAGAGUAUUUGCCUACCACUUUGAGAACAAAAAUGAUGAUGAUUGGAUUACAAGAUACUUCUUUACUGGAGGAACUAUGCCUGCCGCAAAUCUACUUCUUUAUUUCCAAGAUGAUGUUACUGUUGUAAACCAUUGGCUGGUAAAUGGGAAACACUACGCACAGACCAGUGAAGAGUGGCUCAAAAGAAUGGAUAAGAACAUGAGUUCCAUCAAGCCAAUUAUGGAAUCAACGUAUGGCAGAGAUUCAGCUACUAAAUGGACUGUAUAUUGGAGAACAUUUUUCAUAGCUGUAGCAGAACUUUUUGGAUACAAUAAUGGCGAUGAAUGGAUGGUUGCACACUUUCUUUUCAAAAAGAAAGCCCGAAACCAUUUUUCCCUUGAUUUGUCAUUUGACUAGGAUUUAAAAGCGAAACAAACUGUAUUUUAUUUAUUUAUUAUUAACAGGGAAAACAAACCGUUCAACUA